CGAGAUCAAGCUCACGCCCUUGUCCGGCCAUGCCAUAGCUCACUUUCUUCUCUACGCUCUCUAUAAAUAGAUGCCAUGGCGUAGUAGGCCUCUUCCAUACAACGAAGGUAACACACGCGCGCACACGUAAAGAAACAAACACUUGGUCCCCAUGGCACCCAAUGGAGAAGCACCAGUUAUGGGAGCAGUGGCGCCGCUCUUCGCGACGAUCAUCGGCAGCUUCGGCAACGGCGAUCACAAGCGGCAGAGGACCCCGUCGUCUCAGGAGCUCCGCAGGUAUGUUGCUGGCCACAUGGAGGUCGAGCUGCCUAAUUCCGACGGCGGCCACAAUGGCGGCGGCGGCGACGACCUCCGGGGCGCCACGCGCUCGCCGGAGGUGGAGGACGCCGAGUGCGAGUGCUGCGGCAUGUCGGAGGAGUGCACCCCGGCGUACAUUGACGUGGUCCGGCGCCGCUUCUCGGGGCGGUGGGUGUGCGGGCUGUGCGCCGAGGCCGUGGCCGAGGAGGCCGCCAAGAACGGCGGCGACAGGGAGGCCGCACUCGCGGCGCACAUGGCCGUGUGCCGGCGGUUCAAUGACUUCGGGAGGACGCACCCCGUGCUCUUCCAGGCCGACGCCGUGAUUGACAUCGUGAGGAAGCUCUCCGGGCCCGGGUCACCAACACCAAGGUCGCCGGUCAAGUCUAGCGCCGGCGCCGGGGUGGAUGCCAUGAAAGCCGAUGUCGGCUGCAUGGCGCUCGUCGCCGACGUACGCAACGAUCAGGUGGUGAUGAACUAGUCAACUAGCUGGCUGGUUAAACAUAGUGUACAGCUUAGCCAGCAAGCCGUGUGCUUUUGUUUGCCCUUGCAAGGGUUGCUUUCAUGGUGUAGAUCCAUGCGUAUAGGUUUGGCCACCCCUUUUGACUUGUUUCCAGGUGCAGUGCCUGUUGGAGUAUAGACGUUUUUGGAUGGGGCUUUUAUUUACCUCCUUAGCUUUUACCUCAGCUGGAGUGUUUAGACUUAGGAGCCCGUCUUCCCACUCUGGUCUUGAACUUCAACAUCUUGCUGUCGAUAAAUAAAUCGAAUGAUUAGAAUA